AUGUUGAAUAUGGAUGAAAAUUUUCAUCCAUUACAAAGUAAUGAAAAGCAUCAAAGCAACAAUAUGGAACAACCUUUAGAUUUAAGUACAUCAACAAAUACAAAAAAUUUAUUUACAAUUGAAUAUUUAACAUCAAAUAUUCUUAAACCAAAACAAAAACCAAUAUUAUAUUAUCAACAAUCACCAUUACAUCCAUUAGAAAAUAAAAAUUAUUCUUUAAAUUCAAAAUUAAAUGAACAUGUUGUAACAAAUAUUUCUAAUCUAUCAACAAGUAGUACUAAUUGUGCUUUGGAAAUAGUUAAUGGUGGACAUGGGAUUAAAAAUCCAUUAUUUGAAUGUGCGACAGAAGCACUACAAAUUAAAUAUGCUAAUUCAACAAAUCAUGGUGAAGAAUUUUUAUGUGGUUUAUGUAUGAAAAAAUUUAAACUUCAACGUCUUCUUAAUCGUCAUUUAAAAAAUCAUAGUCAACUUAAAAGAUAUUUAUGUACAUUUUGUGGUAAAGGAUUUAAUGAUACAUUUGAUCUUAAACGACAUACACGAACACAUACAGGUGUUCGUCCAUUUAAAUGUGGUCAAUGUGAAAAAGCAUUUACACAACGUUGUAGUCUUGAAUCACAUCAACGAAAAGUUCAUGGAUUAAGUCAUACAUAUGGAUAUAAAAUUCGUCGAAAUAAAUUAUAUGUAUGUGAAGAUUGUGGACAUACAUCAGCUGAUCCAACAAAACAUUAUGAACAUAUAAAAAAUUUUCAUCCAUAUUCACCACUUAUACAUCGAUAUUAUGAUAAACGACAAUUUAAAUUUGAUUCAAAUUCAUUAUUAUCAAAUAAAACUAUAUCAGAUGGAUCAAUUUUAUCUGAUGAUGAUAUUCAUAUUCAAUGA